CGUCUAUUAGCAACACCCCAAAGCGAAAGUAGAAUACAUGCUAUCAUCCCACAGCGAAGGAUAAAGGAUUACCUAUCAAAAUAAGUCAGUUUAUUAUUCGGUCCUUAGACGUUUCAGACGUCAAACUAAGAAAACGAUUCAGUGCCCUCGCAGCGUAAGACGUAUAUAUAUAUAUAAUAUGGAACGUUCGCAAAAUUUAAUAUUUGUACCCAUCUUCAAUGAUGUAAACUACGAUGAACAGUUCUUCUGGGCUCGUGUGCCCUCAUUCCUAUGAAAAGAAAUGAAAACAUGGGCAGUCAGAGGAGUUUCUAGCAAUGUGAGAGCUGAUGGUCUCCAUGAUGAGGGGGACUUUAUGGAAGAUUAUGACUGUUGUCCAGCUUAUGUGCUCUGUCAUGGGAAGUCCGGUUCGGAUACCUGACUACAGCUAUGCAGUGUAUGCAAUCGAUGAUUGCCCACAGAAUGCCAGUCAGUGGGAUCUGGCCUCGGAUAGACUGAACUGUUCUAAAGCGCCCUCUACAAAGCACCGCUACCACUGUAUGCCAGACAUACGGAAGGACAGACUUUUGGAGUUCUGUUACCCUAAGUCACACAUUAAAAUGACUGCAGGCUACUGUAUUGUGUUGUUUGGCGGUGGUGCCAUAUCCAACAGUCCCAGCACAAAUUGUAGUCUCUUUGUAAACAAUAGCUGUCCGGAAGAGUUUUAUUACAGUAAUCAAAUGUACAAGUAUCCUGGCUGUCUCUCGAUUAAUUCUAUGAACAGUUGCUAUGGUUAUGAUCCAUCUUGCCCCCCUGAUGUUGAAAGGAAGUCAGCCAUGAAUGAUGAUAAUGUUAUUACGAUAACAGUUCUAAUCAUCGCAGGGUUACUCAUCAUCGGAUCCAUUCUUCUAACCUGUUGGUGUAAAAGGCAAAGGAUCUUCCAGUUAUGGAAUGGUUUCCAUGGUAACCAGCAUGGAACAGAGGAAACCAUGGGUUUAAUACAAACAGGUAAUGAAAACAAAAGACAAGCUAAAGUUAGAGAUUUCUUGGAAGAGUGGCAGUCAGAUGACGCGAAAUAUUACAGUGGAAUCAAUGCUGUUCAAGAGCUGGAGGAGAGACUUUUGAAGCACAACAUAAUCAUGGUCGUUGGGGGACCUGGUCUUGGUAAAACGUCUCUUAUUCGUCAUGUUGCACUCAAGUGGCAUAAAGAAAGAAGGAAAGAGAUGGACAAAGAGUUGGAGAGUUGGAAAAUUAUUGUAGUAUCUACUUUUGAAGAACUUAACAACGCGUAUGCUGCUCAUGAGGAUUCCAAGGAUCUACAAAUCUAUGUAUUUGACGAUCCCAUCGGCAUUCACGCUUUAAACAAACAAAGGCUGUCAUCUCUUUUUGCUCUUUACAAUAAUGAAAAUUUGUUCACAAAACGAACAACCACAAAACUCUUGCUGACAUGUAGACGAAUUGUUUACGAGGAAGCGAAACAGAGUAUGCCUAAGAUCGAAUCAUUCGUUUUGGACAUAGAGAGUGAAAGAUAUAGAAUUACAGGUGAAAAUAGGAAACAAAUAUUCCUAAAAUACUGUGAUAAGAAAGAUUAUCACAUCAUUGAAUCAUGUCCCGAUUUAUUGUAUCCCCUUCUAUGCAGACUAUAUGUAAACCGUCGGGAUCAAAAUAUUUUUGAGUUUUUUUCAAAACCGUUUCAUUGUCUGCAGGUAGAGUUUGAAAACAUGAUAAAUCAAGAUUGUCUAAUGUAUUCAGCACUUGUUUACUGCAUGCUGAAUAGAGGGGAAAUCCCGUCGGAGGAAAGUCAAACCAAUGAUACAAUUACAAGCGUAAAUUAUGUCGGUUAUGAAUGUGGCCUGAAUGAUAUUUACAAGAAGUUGGAAACUGCUAAGGGAACUUACCUCAAAAUUUCGGAAUCAAAAUAUAGAUUUAUUCAUGACUACAUGUGGGAGAGUCUUGCCAUACACUUUGGUGCUUCUCGUUCAGAUGUGAUUUUGGAAAAGAUGGACAGUAACUUUAUAUUGAAAUAUGUGAAAAUGAAGGACAUGGAAAUUCCAGAAAACAAGGAUACUGAAAUACAGGGAUGCAUUGUACUUCCUGACAGCCAUAUGGGACUGCUUGCAAAACGAAUGUUUGAAGAUGUAAAGCAAUUUCACUUCAAUGUUUUUAAACACAGCUGUUGGCGAGCACAAUCUUUCCAACGUGAAUUUGUGGCGUAUCUUGAUUCUGCGCAGUAUGAGGAUAUUUGUAGAACAUUUCUUGAUGCACAAGGGAUAAACGAAGUUCCCAAAAAUGGACAAGAUGUCACAAAAUCUGUUCGCUUGGAGUCUGGUACUAUCGAGUGGUAUCUGCAAGAGUUGUUGUGGAACAAAAUCUACAAAAUGGAAUCUCAGUUUUCAUGUGACAUCAGACCCCUUCGCUGGAUCGUUGCAAAUGCGCUAACAUUUCUCUUGGAAUAUUUUGUAUCCAAAAAUACUAAAAGCAGUGAUGACACAUCUAGAAUAUUUGGACAAGAUGAAGAACAAACGCUUCUUCUUGUGCUAGCUUGUUUCAGCCGUGACAGAAGUGUAGUUGAAUGCGUAUUCUCAAAUAUUCAAAACAAGGAAAAUAUCAAUCGUUCUUGCAUAUCAGAAAAUGUGGAAGAAAAAUUCAAUCCACACAGAGAAUUCAUGCCUUUGGCAGCUGCUUGCCAUGCGAAUUGUCCACAAAUUGUCCAAUAUCUGAUAGAACAAAAUGUAAAGGUGUACUUUUCAACAGAUACAGAUAAAUCAUCAUUGCUCUACCAGUCACUAUCCUUCCAGAAAUACCAAAUUUGCCUUCUUUUGAUAGAUGGAGGUGCUGAUGUGAACAUAAAGGAUGAGAAGGAAAGAACUUUAUUGCAUAUUUCAGCCUCAAAAGGCGAGGGAGCAGUGCCUGUGAUGGAAAGUUUGAUACGGAAAGGAGUAGAUGUAAAUGAAAAGGAUACAGAUGGAAAGACACCCAUUUUCUAUGCAUUUGAAAGAGAAACUGGACUAUUAUUGAAAGCAAGACGAGAAAAUAAAAUGGACAACAACCUAGAAUAUUUUAAAUGCACUAUAGCCCUACUCGAACAAGGUGCUAAACCAAACCUUUGGGAUGCUUGUCACAAAUCUCCAGUAUACACAUUGUUUGAACGUGAACGAAAUUGUCCAGACAUUUUACAAAUGUUGGUGGAUUAUGGAUUAGAUGUGAACUUCGUCGACAAGAAUGACGCUUCGCUGCUUCAUUAUGCAGUUCUGUCUGCAGACAAAAGUCUUGUGGAAUGUGUAUUGAAAGCUAAAAGCCCCGUGGACGUGGACCUUCAAGAUAAAACUGGUAGAUCGGCAGUGUACAAGGCGGCAGAGAAAGGUACUCUAGACAUCACAGAACUUUUGAUAGAUCACAAAGCAGAUGUAAACUUGCCAGACAAGAAAAAACUGACUCCACUUUACCAAGCAGUUAAUAGAGGCAUAGCACAGAUGGUUAAUGUUUUAGUUGAAAACGGAGCAAUGGUUAACGAAAAAUAUGAAAAGAAAAAGAAUGCUACACCUUUGCAUAUAGCAGCUAAGAAAGGGCAUGUCGAAAUAAGUGAGUAUUUACUGCAGAAAGGAGCGCUAUCUGUGGUAGAUAACAGAAAUAAAUCCCCCCGGGAUGUAGCUACUGAUGAAGGUCAUUACGAGUUAGAGGAUAUGCUCAAAUAAUUGUACUGCACUAGUGUCAAUAUGUAGUAUGCUAUAUGUAAGCAUGGUAAUGUAUUAUGCAAUAUGAUCUGCUGUUUCUGUCCAUAUUUUGAAGGAUGAGAGAAGCACAUAUUUUGAACAAAACGAUUCAUGCAUUGUUUUUAUGAAUAUCAAUUAUAUGUAUAGAUUAGCUUUCCACAAAAGACUUUGAAUGGAUUAUGAAAACAUGAUGGAUUUGUGUAAGUUGUGUAUUUUUUUGGACUUGGGUUUUGGGUCCACGUUAGCUUUCCGUAAUACAGGGACUGAAUAAAUCUGCAAUCUCUGGGAUGUAUACGUAGUUUACUUGAGAGACAACAUUACUUUUUUUAACAUACGUUCCCCGAAAAUGUUAACCCUGCAGGGAUAGUAAGCAAGUUGAGACUACAAAACAUCUGAUUUACGAGUGUGAUAAUGUUUUAAAUAUAUGGAACACUGUUAGCAGGUAUCUAUCCUUCAAAGUUCAAUGGAAACACAUUGUUGUUGGAUUUUUUCUAGAACAAAAUGAUAAAACCAAAUCCUUAAAUUUACUUAUUACUUAUAUAGCCUACAGAAUAUACAAACAUAAAAUGUUAUGUAGAUUAGAUUCUUUAAGUGAAACGACUUUUAAUAUGUAUAAUCAUGUUAAAAAAUCAUUAUGUUUCUAUACAUCAGUAUUGAAGUAUAUAAAUGCAAAAGAGCAUAAAUUUUUUGAACAUCCUUGUAAAUUAAUGUAACUUGACUGCUGUGAAGAGACCAGUAUAAACUAUCCUUCAAUAUUUAUCAUUAUAACUAUACGGACUACAUUGUUCAUAUAUUAUUCCUUAAGUAAUUUCUAUGUUAUUCUACUGUUGAUAUAUCUACAUCAACGUUGUACAUGUAUAUGAUAUUUUAUGAUUUCGAAAAAUAUUUGAUAUUAUGUAUUUUCAUAUAAAUUAUAUAUAUGCUUUAUAUAAAAUAAUAUUAUAAUAAAAUACAUUCAAUCCAAUGGGCCCCUGGCACCAUUGGUGAGAAUUAAGAGGGAGUAUCCGAGGAUAUUUUAUCCCAAAUAGUAUGUAUACUUUUUAAUAAAUGAUGAAAAUUCAAAAAAAAAAAAAAAAGAAACCCUGCAGGGAUAGAAAUUUGUGUU